AUGACGUAUUUUCCAAAGCCCAUUCUUUUUCUUCUGCUGUUGGUGCUGUGUGUGUGGGGAAAGUGCAUCUUUGAUGAGGUGCAAAGUUCGAUCCAGGUGCUGUCUCCACCAGACAAUCAACCACGCACAUCUGAUUGGGCCUUCAUAGAAGAUGAUGUGAAGAGUGAGGUUUCUGUCAAUGAACAAGAAGAUUGGCUGACUCGUGUCCAGAUCCAGAACCAUCAGAAUGUCAUAUCACAAUAUUCUCCACCUCAAAGAUCUAAAAGGAUGGCUAGGGAUAGGAUUAAAGUCACUGAUAACCCACAGCCAAUUAGGAUUAAGACAUGGACUCCUAGAGAGAGCCCCAUCCUCUCACAGUGGGAAAUGGAGAGACUAGAAGCAGCUGUCAGAGAUGCAAUCAGCACGGUGUCCAAAUUACUCUCAGUAUGGAGGGCCAGCAAGAAGCUGCUGCUGAACAGAGAUAUCAAUAAGUACUGCCGCUUCAUCUGGAGGAACAGCAGCUCUGCCAACUUCAACAAGUGUGGCAAAGCCAGUGAUAACUACCAGACUGAGAGUUGUCUAGGUGUGACUAUCCCAGAUGACCACCUGAGUGGCUGUGUUGUUUACCCUCAUCCUGAACAGCCAGACCUGAAGGUGAUAAAACCAGAUGGGGCUGGACUUGCUGACACGGAUGUCCUACUUUACGUGAAAGCUGAAAGCACUGAUAAAUGCAGAGCUGAUUCUAGCGUGCUGGCCUAUUCAGCUCAUUGUCAGAGCGACUCAGAGGGGCGACCAUUGGCUGGCGUUAUGGUCAUCUGCAGGGAGCCACUCAGUAUUGAGGGAUUCAGUCAUGAACACAUGGUGCAGACUGUGAUCCAUGAGUUGUUGCAUGUGCUGGGUUUCAGUAAAGAACUCUUCAGCAAGUGGACAGACCGUUCCCUCUCCUCCCAGAUGGGCAUGGACUCCUCCUCUCAUGGUCAGGUGAUUUACACUGAUGAGUCUGGACAGAUGAGGCUCUACACUCCUAAUGUGAAUAAGGCUCUACACACACACCUCAACACCACACAUAACCUGGGAGCUCCACUAGAAAAUCAGGAUGCUGAUUCUCAUGGUUUCUCCUCACAUUGGGAGGCUCGAGUUCUGCAGGGGUCCAUUAUGACAGCAAUGUUGGCAGAACCGGCUCUGGUCCGGAUUGACGUGAUCACUCUCUCGGCCCUCCAGGACACCGGCUGGUACUCAGUAAACCUCAGCCAAGCCCAGAACUUGCUUUGGGGAGAGACAGAUAUGGUGGCUUUAUGUGUCUUAGAAGAAGCAGGCCCCACUCUCCCAGGCUGCUCCCAGAUCUCCCCCUGUGGAUUUGGUUGCCAUUAUCUUCACCUCCACAAGGCGGUGUGCCAGAGUGAUGAGUAUCUGGAGGGCUGUCGAAUUUACAAACCUUUAGCCAAUGGUGUAAGUCUUCUACACCUCUUUGUCUUUGUUACCAUUUUUAAAGCUCUAUUUACUUUUACACUUGACUCCUGCUCUUCUUUCUCUCCAACAGAGGAUCAUUUCUCCUUCAAUGCCUCUGUAUCAGGCCGCUGUUACAGGCACAGGUGCAUUGGAAAGAACAGGUACCAGAUCCAGGUGAUGGGUUCUGAUUGGCUGGACUGCCCUCCUGGGAGGAGCAUCAAGGUAUUUUCAAAGUCUUAUCAGAAUAUGAAACUUUUUUUUUCAAGCGCAAUGAUUAAUUUUCAGAGCUGAUCUUCAAAGAACAGGUCAGCCAAAAUGAUAAUGUGUCUAGCUAUAAAGUUAACACAGCCCUGGUAGCUGUCAUACAUAGAAAGUCUUGUUAACAUUUUUAGGCAAAUUCCUAAAAACUUGUUUUGUCCCUUGUUGACAAUGAUGUCUGUGACAUUCGUACAUUUGUUUGCAUGUUCUUUUAUUUCUUAAGGUGUUUGGAUAUCGGGGUGCCGUUUUCUGCCCUGGCAAGCGAUUAUGUUAUCACCAUGAUAUAGCUCCUCCCACUUCACUACACAAGCCCCUCCCCUCAUUUCUGCUUCUCACUGCACCCCCAUCCAGGUCAGUAUUGUGUAACACAUAAAAACAGUUCUUUUAUAAUUCCUAAAUUUAUUUUCUCUACAUACAUCUAUAUAAAUCGUCAUCAUUUAUCAUCUGUAGGGAUCAAUCCUUGACACGA